UGGGAAUAUUCCAUAGCGCGCCGGGCUCGUGCUCCGGGCUUGCUUUAUAUACGGCAGCACAGGAAAGGUCGCCACCACACUGCACCACAGCUCAGCUCCUGUCGUACGCCAAGUAGCAACUCCUAUGGGUACUGCGUCUAACUUUGUCUGCGUGACCUUCGCGAGUCCCUCUGGCCGCUGGCGGCCUCAUCCCUGCAACAUCAGAAUACGAAGGAGGACGGAGAGGGAUAUAUAUAGAUAAUCUGCUGGACCAAGUCGAGACUGUUGUGAGUUAUGAUAACGAAGUUUAACGUCACUUCCCCCUGAUGGACAGUGACCUCGCGCCCCAGGUACGACACUUCCUCCCAACUUUCGCUCGAGUGGCCGCUAUCGGCAGCGAGGGGCCAGUCCUGACCUCAUAUUUAUAGCCUUGCUGCCCUCCUCCGCCAUCAUUUCAGGCGCAGCUCUGCUCAUUAUUGCAUCUUAUAGGUGUUCACUCUGCCUCGUGCAGCUUAUGUUUUCGUAAGAAAGUUUAAUUAACUGGACCAUAAUGGUACCGCUCCACAAGGUGUUGGGUCCCCGGAACCGACUCCCUCUGAAAAUCGCGACCUUUGACACACUCUACAGCAACCAGCAGCCAACGAUCCGUCCAGCGACCAACCCUUGGUACUCCAAGAAUGGAGCCAAGGGUGCCUCUCUCCGCGUCUCCCUCUUUGGUGCUAACCGACCUCGCUCCUUUGGCAUCUUGGGCAGCCCCAAGCUGAUGACCAUCACCCCGUUUCAGGUCAAUCAUAUACGUCACAAGUCUACUGGUAACCUCAAGGCCGUGUUCAAGGGCCUGCAUGUGGACUCUCAGUCCAUCGCGCGGGCGGGUGCUGGCCGGGCCGCCUUCCAGCACCGCGAGCAGCUGAAACACGCCCGACGCAUCGUCGUCAAGCUUGGGUCAGCUGUCGUCACCCGCCAGGACGGCUGUGGCCUUGCCCUCGGCCGCCUCGCCUCCAUCGUUGAACAGUGUGCUGAGCUUCAGAAUGAGGGCCACGAGCUGCUGAUGGUGACCUCGGGGGCUGUGGCCUUCGGGGCACAGAAGAUGGCUCAGGAGCUGCUCAUGUCACUGAGCAUGCGCGAGACCCUCUCUGGCAGGGACAGCCUCCGCGGGGAAGAGGUGAGGAACAUGUUGGCACCGCGGGCGUCUGCGGCCGUGGGUCAGUCCGGACUCAUGUCUCUGUACGAGGCGAUGUUCGCCCAGUACGGGGUCAGGGUGGCUCAGAUCCUCAUCACCAAGCCUGACUUCUAUAACAAUGAGACGCGCCAGAACCUCAACUCGACCAUCAACGAGCUCAUCUCUCUCAACAUCUUGCCAAUCAUCAACACCAACGACGCCGUCACCCCACCGCCCCAAGUACUGGAUGAAGAUGUUUCCAAAAAGUUGGACAUCAGUGACAAUGACUCCCUCGCCGCUCGCUUGGCGGUAGAGGUGCAGACGGACCUCCUCAUCCUUAUGACUGACGUGGAUGGCAUCUAUAACAUGCCUCCCAGUAUUGAAGGCUCUCGCCUGAUUGAUAGUUUCGCUCCUGAUAUGAUUGCUAGCUUGGAGUUUGGCCAGAAAUCUUUAGUUGGUACAGGUGGAAUGGAUUCGAAAGUCAAGGCUGCUAGUUGGGCACUUGAUCGAGGGACAUCUGUCGUAAUAUGCAAUGGACUGUCACAAGGCGCGAUCAGAGGUAUCGUGAAAGGUCGUAAAAUAGGGACUUUCUUCACGACAAACAAUGACAGUGGACUUGCUGUAGAAGUGCUGACCAAGAAUGCACGCCAUGGCAGUCGCCUUCUUCAGAGUCUUACUCCUAACGACCGUGCCGGCGCUAUUCUCACUCUUGCCGAACUCCUGGAGACUCGUCAACCCGAUAUCUUAGUAGCAAAUCAGAAAGAUCUCGAGGAAGCUGCCAAAUUAGGCCUGUCCUCUGCACUCACUUCUCGCUUGAGACUCACGCCUGCCAAGCUUAACAACCUGGCAAAUGGGUUGCGCCAAAUUGCAACUGAUUCUAAGAAUGUCGUGGGACGUACCCUCUCCAGAACUUUAAUAGCCGAUGGGAUUGAGCUCAAACAGAUUACUGUUCCAAUUGGGGUUCUUCUGGUGAUAUUUGAAUCUCGUCCAGACUGUCUGCCCCAAGUGGCUGCACUAGCCAUCGCGACAGGAAACGGAUUAUUGCUGAAGGGUGGACGUGAGGCUCUUCAGAGCAAUCAAGUACUGAUGGAUCUGGUGAAGGAGGCACUGAACACUGUUGGUGCUCCUGGUGCUAUCUCCUUGGUGACGAAACGUGAUGAAAUUUCUGACUUACUGCAGCUGGAAGGUGAAAUUGACUUGGUGAUCCCACGAGGGUCCUCAGCCUUGGUGCGCUCCAUCCAAGACCAGUCCAAGGCCAUCCCCGUCCUGGGUCACGCUGAGGGCAUCUGCCAUGUUUACAUCGACAAAGCAGCUGACGUCGAAAAGUCUAUUAAAAUAGUGCGUGACGCCAAAUGUGACUACCCGUCCGCCUGCAAUGCCAUGGAAACGUUGUUGAUUCACGAGGAAGUCUUCAAUAACACCAAGUUCUUCUCUAGCGUGUGCCAGAUGCUGCGCCGAGAGAACGUGACGAUCAACGCGGGACCUCAGCUCUCCAACAUGCUCACUUUCGGACCUCCCGUCGCCAAGACCUUCAAGAUGGAGUUCAGUGACUUGGAAUGUAUCAUCGAGGUAGUAAAAGACAUGGACGAGGCUAUCAACCACAUCCAUCGCUACGGCUCCUCCCACACCGAUGUCAUAGUCACCGAAGACCAGAACGCUGCCGACCACUUCCUCAACACCGUGGACUCUGCCUGCGUCUUCCACAACGUGUCCUCGAGGUUUGCCGAUGGCUAUCGUCUGGGUCUUGGGGCUGAAGUUGGCAUCAGCACCGCCCGCAUCCACGCCCGGGGACCUGUUGGCAUGGACGGUCUGCUCACCACCAAAUGGGUCUUGAAGGGAGACUGCGCCACAGCUUCGGAAUUCUCUGUGGGAAAACGAGUCUUCCUUCACGAGAAGCUGCCGAUUGAAGGCGAAAUCGAGAAUAGCAACUUGUCAGUGGAUAAUCUAAGCAUUGGACAAUGACAUAAAAUCGUGUGGCGAAGACCCUGGCUGCAGCUAAAACCCGACAUAUUAAGAGAUAUUGUUUUGAUUUCACCAAAAAUUUAUAUUACCAGGGAAAAUGGUUUAGACACUAAUUUGAAAGAUGCAGAGAAUUGUACAUCAAUCGAUUGAUUCAAUAAGAUUAAGCCACCCAAGAGGCGGCACGAGCAUGAAUAGCCCGUAAUACAUCAUUCGGCUGUUAUUGUUUUAGAUUCAGCUACACUGAACAAAAUUUUAGAAAAAAUUAAUUUUGGCUAAAAAUUAAUAUAAAUGUGAUCAAUGAGGUGAAUUUUACCAGAAUCCUCACAGUAGUGACGACGACCGAGGCGGAGACGACUAUGGAAACAAUACAAAGAAAUAGAAAACUAGGUUGUUCCAAACAGUGCUACUAACUGAGCACAUUAUUGCUGGAAGAUUAAGCCCAUGACUUCGCCACAGUCCCUCCCUAAAUCAGUACUUAUUGAACUCGUAUUGCUUAAUCACAGUUUCUAGAGAACGCAACAAUACAUCUGAGAACGUUAUAGUACAUUGAGAACCCACCUGAGAAUGCAACAAUACAUCCACAAACGCUGCAGAACAUGAGAACGCCGUAGUACAUAUGAUGACGCAACGGGACAUCUGAGAGCGUCACAUUCCAUCUGAGAAAGCCACAGUGCGCCUAACAAUAUACCAGAACAUCUGAGAACGCUUCAACAGUCUUCAAACACUCCUUAGAAGCAGAUGUUUAGUAAUCGCACAUCCUGCAAUAAAAAUUAUUUAAUUUAUUUUCAGAGUUUUGGCUAGUGUAGAGUACAUAAUUUUUUUUAUCUCUUUUUAAUACACAUUCAUAUUGUAGAGGGAAAACGACAUACCAGUAAAAAUAUCUACAUA